AUGGUCAUGGUUAUCGGUGACGAAAGUGACGAAACGGAAAAACGGAAAACCCCAGGUUCGAACACAGAACCCGUUGGAUCUGGAACAAACGGGCCCCUUCCCCAUCUCCCCAAUCUCCCGGGGCAGCGCCAUUUGUAUCAGACGUUGUCGACGCUGUCUUGCCUCGAGCGACGAACACAACUAGUUUUGUUUCACAUCUUCGCAUCCACCCUCAUUUUCUUUGAUGAUGUCUCGGUUCGGCUUCAAAGGAAAGCGAUCGGUACUGCAACUGCUCUGAUCAUUCCUAAUAAGGACGCCUCAGCAACACUCACAACAAUAACCUUCAUCUUGCUCCAUUCUACUAGCAAUCUCCCUCAUCACGAAAUUGGAAGGAUCUUGACUGUUGUCAGACUUGCAAGGGGACUGACUCCAGUAUCUCCCCGGGCGAAGAGGGGGACAAGGCAAAGGCAAAAGGCAAAAGUCAAAAUACGACGAACAAUGUCCGCAAGCCGGGAACCCCGUCGAGGCCGAUCCUCCAGCCACAGCCGAAACCGAGGCGACAGGAACGCCACCAGUAACACCCUCCGAGCUACGCCCGCCCAGUCGGGAGCAGGCAUAACACCCAGCAAAUCCAGCAACCACUCCACGAUGCGGCGAGGUAAAGGUGCAAGCUCAAGCACAAGCACACCAUCAAACGCAACCGCACCAUCAAACGCAACCGCAAGACCAUCGCGCGUCUCCCCCGCCUUCAAGGAGAAGCUCCGCCAGCUCACCCAGCCCCUGGCCCCCCUGGUCCAGAUGACCUCGGGCGCCGUGCACCCGCGCUUCCCGCGCACCCUGCUCGGCUUCUGGCUCCUCACCGACGCCGACCUCGACGACCUCGCCCGCUUCUACCACCAGCGCGACCCGAGCCCGUGGAAGAUGCAGUACCCGUGUCCCGUCACCUGGGACGAGGCCCUCCCCACGCGUCAGAAGAGGCGCAAGUUUGGCAAGUUUAUUGGCCUACGGUAUGUGCACUCCUUUCCGAUGGAUGACGACGCAGAAUUAAGAGAUGGAAAAUUAGGCUGCGAAACUCCCGUCUCCCUCGUGGCACCCCCGCUACCCCUGACACAGAGGAUGGAGACUACCACCACCACUACUACGGCGAUGGAGGCCACGACGACGCCGACGACCCCGUCUCAUCGUUGGCUUACUACCGAGGAGCAGAUCGUGGAGAGCGCGCGCCGCGCACGUCUCGCCGAGGAUAACGAGGAGGCCCUCCAGAAAAAGCUGUACUGGCACAGGUGA